AUGGCGGGCGGCGAGGAGAAGGCGAAGAGCGAGGGGCUCGGGGGCGCGCCGAUGGGGGCGACAGCCACGGAGAGGGGCGAGGCGCUUCCCUUCGCGAGCUCGAUGCCGCUCGACAUCAGCGACGUGGACGCCGAGGAGAAGGCGAAGAGCGAGAGGCUCGGGGGCGCGCCGAUGGGGGCGACAGCCACGGAGAGGGGCGAGGCGCUUCCCUUCGCGCGCUCGAUGCCGCUCGACGUCAGCGACGUGGAUGCCGUGCUGCAGCGGGCCGCGGGGGCCAACCAGCUCGCUGUGGUGGCGUCCGUCUCCUCCGACAACACUCACCUCCUCAUCGACCCGCCGGAUGCGACGGGGGAGGACGACGACGAGAGGCGGAGGCUGCGGACGGAGCUGGAAGCGCUUCUCGCCACCAUCCCCAUUGUCCCUAGGCCUUGCAGAUUGCCGUGUGAUAGUCAGAUCACCGGUGAGGAGCUUGAUGCUUAUGACCGAUUGGAGCAGGACUAUCAUCUUGUCUUUACCCCAUACGAGAAGAAUAUUGACAUCUGGAGACAGCUAUGGAGAGUUCUUAAAUGCAGUGAUUUGUUGGUUAUGGUAGUGGAUGCUCGAGAUCCAUUAUUCUACCGCUGCCCUGAUCUUGAGGCAUAUGCAAAGGAAAUUGAUGAGCACAAGAGAACAAUGCUCCUUGUUAACAAGGCUGAUCUGUUGCCGUUAAAUAUCAGGAAGAGAUGGGCUGAUUAUUUUAAGGCACAUGAUAUUCUCUACGUGUUCUGGUCGGCUAAGGCUGCCACUGCCACAUUAGAAGGCAAGAAGUUAAGUGGAUACUCUGAAGAAGAAUCUGCUUCACUUGAUUUGGAUACCAAGAUAUAUGGUAGAGAUGAACUGUUGAUGAAGCUGCAAGCUGAGGCAGAAUCUAUUGUAGCUCAGAGAAGGACCUCAACUUCUGUAGAUGAUCAGGAAGCCAGUUCUUCAGAUUCUGUUUCUUCAGUGGCUAAGCAUGUAGUUGUUGGAUUUGUUGGUUAUCCAAAUGUUGGAAAGAGUUCAACAAUAAAUGGUUGGGGAGAAGAGGACUGGAUGACAAAGUACCGGGAAGCUAUUCAAGUGGUGGCAGAUCGUGUCCCAAGGGAUAUCAUUGAGCAGAUUUACAAAAUCACCUUGCCAAAGCCAUAUGAACCUCAGUCUCGGCCGCCAACUGCUGCUGAGCUGUUGUGGGCCUACUGUGCUUCUCGUGGGCUUGUCAGCCAAGCCGGUCUGCUGGAUGAGUCCAAGGCUGCCCAACAGAUACUGAAGGAUUAUAUUGAUGGUAAAAUCCCACACUAUGAACUCCCUCCUGGUGUAACAGACUCUGAGGCAGAUUGGGAACAGAUAUCAUGUAGUCUGACUACUUCAGCCAAUGAAAUGGGCACGCAUCAGCACAAAUUCAGCUUACCCAGAUUAACGAGACGUCAAAAUUUGCCUACACCCUCUUGGAAGAACAUUGACACCUGCUUUGACACCUGGAAGCAACUCUGGAAAGUCCUCAAGAGCUGUGAUUUUUUGCUUUUGGUAGCUGAUGCACGAGAUCCGUUACUCUCCCACUGCCCAGAUCUUGAGGAAAUUGAUGAGCACAAGAGAACAAUGCUCCUUGUUAACAAGGCUGAUCUGUUGCCGUUAAAUAUCAGGAAGAGAUGGGCUGAUUAUUUUAAGGCACAUGAUAUUCUCUACGUGUUCUGGUCGGCUAAGGCUGCCACUGCCACAUUAGAAGGCAAGAAGUUAAGUGGAUACUCUGAAGAAGAAUCUGCUUCACUUGAUUUGGAUACCAAGAUAUAUGGUAGAGAUGAACUGUUGAUGAAGCUGCAAGCUGAGGCAGAAUCUAUUGUAGCUCAGAGAAGGACCUCAACUGCUGUAGAUGAUCCGAAAGCCAGUUCUUCAGAUUCUGUUUCUUCAGUGGCUAAGCGUGUAGUUGUUGGAUUUGUUGGCUAUCCAAGUGUUGGAAAGAGUUCAACUAUAAAUGCUUUGGUUGGUGAUGAGAAGGCGACUGGUGUUUCUCACACACCUGGCAAGAUAAAGCUUGUUCUCUAUGAUUGUCCUGGUCAUUUUUUACCUACCUUUUCAGUCUCAAGUUAUGGUUUGUUACUAGAAGAAGGGAUUAGUUUUGAACAGUUAGCUAUUCAUAAAUUGCACCUGGCGGUGAAUGCGCUUUUGGCUGGUGUGGAGGCCAGUAGAGGAAAAGUAAAUGAUGGCUUGGGUGGGAUGACCAGGAGGUUGAAAGUUUUAGCAGAAGAUAUCAGAGUCUGGUUGCAGUCCACUUGUGAAGUCAAGGUUUUAAUUGAGCUCUAUCUCAAGGCUGGAAAAGGAAUUGCGCGGUUGAUUAUACCGUGGUAUGAUGGUAUUUUACCACCCAAAACCCGUGGAAUUACUGGCUGCUUCGAUGUGAUUAAAAGGAGGAGUUAUUUCAGUCGUGAAUGUGCUCCAACAGAUGUGAAUCUGGGCACAUUUUCCUCAGCUGAGAAAAAACUUCACAAGACAUUGAGGGAGUCAAGGCGUCAAGGAAUCUUGAAAUUUGUGCGAAUGGUUAAUCCUUCAUUCAAGGGCAAGGAGAAUAUUGUUUCAGAUGAAGUGGAUCCCAAGUGCAUGUGCUGUUUUGAGAAUGCCGGCUUCUACUUUAAUACUUGCUGCAACCUUAUUAUGUGCAAAUUGUGUGCCGCAAAGAGAUGCUUGUUUUGCAAGCAACCACACAUGCCUGGAGAGAACCUACUCUUUCCCGUCAUCGUGAGAAGGCCAGUGUUGCCUCCAAAUCCACUCCAAGUUUGUGGAUUCUGCCCAAUUGCACUUUACAUGAGUAUUUAG